CGGCUGUGACUUAGGACUGUGACUGAGGCGAUUAGAGCAGCAGCUGUAGUGAACAUGUUGCUUUCGCUGCCAGCUCUGCAUCGUCAUCAUCAUCAUCAAUCACGCUCGCAACUCAAAGCUCACAAAGCAGAGGCAAAGAAGGCAGGUUGUCGCUUUGGACGCGCUGUGGGGUGCGUCUUCGAAGGUCUGCAAUGUUCAACGCGGUCUUAACGCUGGCCCCGAGUCAGACUGCUUGGCUGGGCUGGGCAUGUUGGCUCACCCUCCUAGCUGGCGCAGCAUGCAUACAGAUGCCGCAACAGCACUUACUCUUUCCUGCUUCCCCAUGGCCAAGCAAGGAUGGUAUGAGCCGGCUGGAAGCGCUGCAGACUGCGCACCCGCACACAAUCCCGAGCAGGCAAACCUGCGCCAAAGCCGUGAACAUCGCAUCUUGCCAAAGCUCACGAUGGCGUUCGCAGGCAGGACAUUCCACCUUCGUCGAUCCGCUGAUAGGCACAGCGGGACCGGAUGCGAGCACUUACGAGCCGGAUAGCUAUGCUGGUCUAUCACCCAAUCCCAGUCCGCCUUUCGCAGCAGUUCGCGUCACUCCAUCCACUCGGACAAACUACGUUAGCUCAGAGGGUUACUACUAUCACGACAAGACGUAUCGAGGGACCUUGAUGACUCGUCAACCUGCCAUUUGGAUGGGAGACCUAGCACCCUUGGAAGUAAGCGCUGGAUUCGGUCAAUUACAGCUUGACGAGCAAUCUCGUGCGCUGCCUUUCUCGCACGAAGAGGAGUCUGCCUCUUUGGGCAAGCACGCGCUCAGAGUGGAUGCCUCGCGCCAACAACGGGGAGCAGGUUUCUAUGUUCAGAGCGCUGGCAGAUCACACUCUAGCAUCAUAGAAUAUGAUUUGUGGCAGAGCGAGAGCCAGCAUGGAACAUUGGUCGAUGGCCCUUACGUGGCGAUACACGCGGCCAGAGAAGGUUGGAGAGGCGCUGUGUUCGUCGAUGCCGACAGGCAGGAGAUAUCUGGAUGGACUCCAGAGAGAAUGGACUACAAGCUGGGCCCACAUCAAGCUCCGAAUUUCCGAGGUUACUUUGUCUCUCGCAUCGAGAGCGAGGCUGGUUGGCUCGACUGGGGCACUGCGAGAACGCAGCACAAUUCGACGCAGACGUGGUCGAAGCAGAGAGGCCGAUGGAACGAAGAUGCGCUUGCUGGUUGGGUCAAAUUUACGCCAAACACCACUCGUGUGUUGAUCAAGACUGGCUUGUCUUUAAUUUCCAUCGAUCAAGCACGCCGCAAUCUGGAGAGUGAGCUCAGCUCGGCACAAGAUGUGGAUGACAUUGCACUUCAGAACACCCGCGAAUGGGACGCUGCAUUGUCAGUCGUCGAAACUGAAGGCGGCAAUUUGGUUCAGAAGCGUGUCUUGUACACAGGACUGCACCGCACGUUGCAGUUCCCAUCUUUGCAUAGCGAGUCAGCGGACGAAGGAUCGGCUUACUACUCGCUCUACACCGACAGCGUCCACAAAGGCGAAGCGUAUCAAUCGUAUUCGAUCUGGGAUACUUGGCGUGCAGCUUGGGCAAUGCAGAUCUUAUUCGCUAACCAUCGAGUCGGUUCGAUGGUCUCUAGCAUGCUCGACAUGUAUCUCCAAUCAGGUAAGAACGGUGAACCCGGAUACCUGCCAAUGUGGGCCAAUGGAGCAGAGACAAACAUCAUGAUCUCGACUUGGGCUGAUUCGCUAAUCGCAGAGGCGUUUGCAAAGAAGGUCACUGGCUUCAAUCGUGAAUUGGCGUUGGAGUCUGUGUUGAAAGAUGCUAGCGUGCCACCCGAAUUUGAUGAGAUUCUCAAAUACGAGGACAGGGAGGAGUUCACGCCUAUCGAGGCGCGAGCUGGCUUAACGUCCUACGCGAGUCGAGGCUGGGUAGCACAUGAUCGGACUGCAGAGUCUGUCAGUCGCACGUUAGACUAUGCAGCUUGCGAUGCAGCAGUCGCAAUCGUCGCUUCGCACAUGAGUGAUCAGUCUUCUGCGGCUAUCUAUCGCGCUAGAGCGAAGCAAAAUUACUUGAACGUGUACAACAAUGCCACCGGUUUCUUUGCUCCUCGAUUUGCAAACGGAAGCUUUUUCGAAGCUCCUCUGCAAAACCCCAAGGCCAGAGAUGAUGGCUUUACCGAGGGAAACAGGUGGACAUACUUGUUCGACGUCGUUCACGACCUGCCCGGUCUAGUAAGACUGCACGGAUCCAGAAUGGCAACUCUUCAGAAGCUGGACGACUACUUUGAGGGCGGGUACAAUGACCAUUCCAACGAGCCCUCUCACCAUGUGCCCGUGCUGUAUGCAGCACUUGGUAGACCUGACAAGAGCGCAAAAAUAAUACGAGAUAUUGCGCAAGCGGAGUACACGGAUUUGCCGGAUGGGUACAAGGGAAACGAGGACCUGGGACAGAUGAGCAGCUGGUACACUUUUAUUAGCGCCUUCGGGUUCUAUCCUCUAUACCCUGCCAGUGCGAAGUAUGUCGUCGUGGGUGACCAUUAAGCUGCCUCACAUCAAAGAUCACAAGCUAGUGAUCAUCGUGCAUGGCUCCGUCGACGAGCCUGGAGGCGCACAAGGGGAUUCGUCCGCACCUGCCGAACCCAGAAGGAUCCUGCAUUUCACUAUCAAUGGAAGACCGCUCGAGAUACCCAUCAUUACUCAUGGGCAGGUAG